UCCUCCUCCUCCUCUUCGUCAUCCCCGGGCCUUCAUCCCAUCCCCUCCCUCCUCCUCCUCCUCUUCGUCAUCCCGGGCCCUUCAUCCCAUCCUCCUCCUCCUCCUCCUCCGCUUCCUCCUCCUCCAUCCCGGGACUUUCCUCCUCCUCCUCUUCGUCAUCCCGGGAAAACUUUUCCGACUCCGUCAUCCCCGGGACCUUCAUCCCCGCCCGUCCUCCUCCUCCUCCUCCUCCUCCUUCUUUCCGUUAACCAGAGACCUUCAUCCCCACCCUCCUCCUCCUCCUCCGCUAUCCCGGGACCUUCAUCCCAUCCUCCUCCUCCUCCUCCUUUCCGUUAACCAGAGACCUUCAUCCCCAUCCCCUCCCUCCUCCUCCUCCUCCUCCUCCUCCUCCUCCCGGUGCGGGGGGUCCCGGCCAUGGGGGGGGGGCUCUGCGGGGCCCCCCCGCCGCUGUCGCCGCUGUCGCCGCUGUCGCUGCUGGUCGCGAUCGCCGCGCUGGGAGCGACCCCGGCCCCGCCCGGGCUGCAGUUCCUGGAGCACCCCUCGGACGCGCGGGCGGCCCCGGGGGGGUCCCUGAGGCUGCGCUGCCGCGCUCGGGGGGACGAGGAGCCCCCCGAGCUGGGCUGGGAGCGCGACGGAGCCGCCCUGGACGGGGACAGCGACCUGGCCCAGGUGGCCCUGCCGGGGGGGGCCUGGGUGGCCACCAGCCAGCUCAGGCUGUCCCCGGUGUCUGCGUCCGACUCGGGCCGGUACCGGUGCUGGGCCCGCCUCGGGGGCGGGGAGCGGCUCCUGUCCCGCGAGGCUCACCUGGAGCUGGCAGGGCUCCCGGUUUUCCUGGAGGAGCCGCAGGACCUGGAAUUGCCCGUUCUGGCCCCGUUUUGGCUGCGCUGCAGCGCCCGGGGCCCCCCCGAGCCCGUCAGGCUCCGCUGGCUGCGGGACGGGACCCCCCAAAACGGGCUCGGGGACCCCCUGGGCCGGAGCCCCUCCACCCUCAGGGUGCCCGGGCUGAACCGCAGCAGCUCCUUCGCGUGCGAGGCUCACAACGAGCGCGGAGUGGCCACGUCCCGCAGCGCCACCGUCACCGUGCUGGCCCCGGCCCCCAGGAAUUUGGGUUUGGCUGCGGCGGGGCCGCGGUGGCUGGAGGUGACCUGGGAGCCCGGGGACGGCUUUGGGGACACCGGGGACGGCUUUGGGGACACCGGAGGGGACCGAGGGGACACCGGAGGGGACCAGGAGUGCACGGUGCAGCUGUCCCCGGGUGACGCCGCCGCUGUCGCCGCUGUCGCCGAUCCCGCCGCUGUCGCCGAUCCCGCCUCUAUCGCCGCUGUCGCCGCUGUCGCCGAUCCCGCCGCUGUCGCCGAUCCCGCCUCUAUCGCCGCUGUCGCCGAUCCCGCCUCUAUCGCCGCUGUCGCCGAUCCCGCCGAUCCCGCCGAUCCCGCCGAUGUCGCCGCUGUCGCCGCCGUGUCGCGAUCCGUGCCGGUUCCUCCCUUCUCCCUGCGCCUGGCGGGGCUGCGGCCCCUGUCGCGAUACCUCGCGCGCGUCGCCUGUCGCGACAGGCGGGGCCGGUCGGCCUGGAGCCGCUGGGUGCCCGUGGCCACCGAGGAGGGCGCUCCCGAGGGGCCCCCCCGGAACGUCAGCGCCGCCUGGGUGGGGCCGGGCCGGGCCCGGCUGCGCUGGGGACCCCCCCGGGACCCCCUCAACGGCGUCCUCGGGGGCUUCAGGGUGGGCUACGCGACCCCCGCCCACCCCGAGGUGAUUUUGGACGUGGGGCUGGCCCAGGAGGCGUCGCUGGAUUUGGGGUCCCUGGGCCCCAACGUCACCCUCAGGGUGGUCUCCUACACCGGGGGGGGCGAGGGGCCCUGGAGCCCCCCCCUGCUGCUGCCGCCACCCCCUGGAGAGGCCCCACUGGAGACACAGCUGGUGCGUCCGGCGGCUCCGGCCGGUGUUUGGUGGCCGGCCCUGCUGGCCCUGCUGGCCCUGGGGGCUCUGGCCCUGCUGGCCCUGCUGGCGCUGGCGGCGCGGCGACGCCACAAAGAGACGCGCUACGGGGCCGCCUUCGCUCCGGCCGUUCGCUUCCGUGUCCGCAGCUCCUACGGCCGCCGGUCAGCCCAGGCCACGCUGAACCGCCUGGGCAUCAGCCCCGAGCUGAAGGAGAAGCUCCGGGACGUCCUCGUGGAGCGGCACCGGGUGGCGCUGGGCAAGACCCUGGGCGAGGGAGAGUUCGGCUCGGUGGUGGAGGGGACUCUGCACCAGGACUCGGGGGUGCUGCGCGUGGCCGUGAAGACAAUGAAACUGGCCAUCUGCUCGCGGGGGGAGCUCGAGGAUUUCCUGAGCGAGGCCGCCUGCAUGAAGGAGUUUGACCACCCCAACGUCAUGAAGUUGAUCGGGGUCUGCCUGCAGCCGUGGGGGAGGGGCUCGGAGGGGGCCCCCCCCGCCCCCAUCGUCCUCCUGCCCUUCAUGGCCCACGGGGACCUGCACAGCUUCCUGCUCUGCGCCCGCCUCGGGGACCCCCCCACGGCGCUGUCCCCGCGCACUCUGCUGGGAUUCAUGGCUGACAUCGCGGCCGGGAUGAGCUACCUGAGCCAGAGGAACUUCGUGCACCGGGACCUGGCAGCGCGGAACUGCAUGCUGGACGAGCGGCUCCGGGUGCGCGUGGCCGAUUUCGGGCUCUCCAAGCAGGUGGGCGGCUCCCAGUAUUACCGGCAGGGCCGCGGGGCGCCCGUGCCCGUCAAGUGGGUGGCCCUGGAGAGCCUGGCCGAGCGCGUCUACACCACCAAGAGUGACGUGUGGUCAUUCGGGGUGACCAUGUGGGAGAUCGCCGCCCGGGGCCUGACCCCGUACCCGGGGCUGGAGAACAGCGAAGUCUUCGAGUUCCUGAGGGGGGGGCGGCGGCUGGGGGCCCCCCCACAGUGUCCACCCCACCUGUACGCGCUGAUGCGCCGCUGCUGGGCCGCCGACCCCCGCGCCCGCCCCACCUUCGAGGAGCUGGGGGGGGCCCUGGGGGGGCUCCUGAGGGGGCUGCCCCCCCCCCCGGGGACCCCCGACCCCCUCUAUGUCAACAUGGCCCGGGGGGGGGGAGGGGCGGCUGCCGGGGGCCCCCCCGAGCCCCCCAAAGCCCUCCCGGACCCCCCCCCGGAGCCCCCCGGCAGCGAGGCGGGGGGGCCCGGCCGCUACGUGCUGUGCCCAAAGCCCCCCGAUUUUGGGGGGGUCCCCCCCGACUUUGGGGCUUCUGAGGAGGGGGCGUGAUGGGGAACCCCCCCCCCAAAAACAAAAAAAGCUGCGGCACUGCCAAGGACCUCC